AUGAAUUCUAACCAGGCCAGCUACUUUCACACACUGGCCCACCCAUUGUCUCUCUACGAAAAUGCACGAUUGAACAUUCAGUUUGUGGUGUUGAGCAUCCUGUACUUAGCCAUUUGCUUCGUACUACUGGGUAUAUGUGCAUCGGAUUUCCUAUGCCCCACGGUAUCGAACAUUUCGAAGGACAAACGCUACAGAGGUAUAUUAACGGGUAUCCUGUUGUCAUGGUGUAAUUCUUCACCAGACCUGUUCACCAACUUUAUGAGCUGGACCUCAUCAAAUGCGGCCCCACUGUCUGUGGGCGAAGUGUUAGGCUCGUGCGGAUUCAUUUUAUGUGUGGUUCAAGGGGCGGUGUUUAUAGUAAUGGGACGAGCUAAUGUUCAGUUGGAGCGCGAGCAGCUGCAUCACAUCCAAAGGGACCUGUUGUUUAUCCUGGCCGCGAUGUUGAUGAUGUUUUACGUGUGUCUGCGAAACGAGAUAACUUUACUCAACUGCACACUCAUGGUGGUGUUGUAUCUCAUUUAUGUUGGCUACAAAGCAGGAUUUUGGUCAAAACACCAUCACUUACGUCCAGAAAUCGGAACAGGUUCAGGUCCAGAGAUGGAAGAGCAAGAGUUUUCAUCUGAGUCCGAUCAAACUUGGAAAUUUAGCAUUUUGAGCGCAAUGGAUGACGGUGCUUUGUAUUCAGAGCUGCAAAAAUCGUUAGGGGCUAAUGAUGAAACCAUAACACUGAGAACGCUCCGAUCAGAUACCUCAUGUGCUGCAUACCCGUCCCCUAGGCCCUUGACAGCACCUGGCCCAAUAUCUAUCGACAGGCCAGAUGCGAGCCGAACUGCUGUUCAUUCAUCUCCGCCUUCUUUUGAAGCAUACCAUGAUGUCGAAGAUAUCGAGCAGGUAUCGCACAUAGAAGGUGCUUCAAGAACGAGCCCUAUUAUUUAUGAGCAAUUGCUGAGGAAGAACCUAGAACGUUGGAAAAACGGACUGGUAUAUCUUUUGGCGCCCCAACUUAAAGAUUUUAGACAGAAGUCCAACGUUACAAGGAUUAUUGCUAUUGUCAUGGUGCCGUUUACAGCUCUCCUACGGCUCACUUGUCCACAACAUGACAAAUUAUUAGAGGAGACCAGCGUAUCACCAAAAAAAGAGGCUGUUGGAGCCAAAACUCUGUUUCUUUUGAUAAUGCAAGCUAUAUGCACGCCAUUCUGCAUCCUUUCGCUCCUGUCGGUUCUUGUGGAUUUUCAAAUUAAUAGGUACCAGCUGUUGACAAGUUCAGUUGUUUCUUGCGCAAUGUGCGCCUGUGUAUUGACCUUUUUAUGGCAAGUCAAAGUGGAGGCGAGGUUUUCCCUCAACGACACUUCAUUUCAAGAUGACCGCGGCUUUUUCCGCCUUCGAAGUUUAGAACAGUACCUGGUUCUUCUACUGAACUCAUUCGGCAUCUUUAGUUGCAUUUUAUGGAUAUCGACGCUUGCAAAUGCUUUAGUGGAAGUGAUGGUUCUUUAUCAAAGACUUACAGGUGUCUCUGAUGGGGUUUUAGGGUUAACCAUUUUUUCAUGGGGGAACUCGAUCAGUGAUUUGAUGUCUAACGUUGCGAUGUGCAAGUUGCACCUGAGGGUAAAUGCUCACACAAAUGAACAGAGAGAAGAGCUCGCAUCCAGGUACUUUUUCAUCUCCUUAAGCGCCUGUUUUGGAGGCGUACUCCUCAACUCCUUAAUCGGCAUCGGUCUCAGUGGUUUUGUGGCUAAUGCCAUGGGAGCGGAAGGGGUAGAUGUAAACCAUCUUUGGAUUCUCAGGACUGUCCACCUAGGUCACAGCGGUAUUGAUUUUGAGUUUAUCCUUUCAGGGGCAUUCAUCUUAGUUCAAGUAUUGUUGUUACUUGUUGUAUUCUCUGGGAUCCGGCCGGUAGCGGAAUACCUCUCAUCAAAUUUGAGAAAUGUGGGCAUCAUUUUAUGUUGCUGGUGGGGCCUAGCUACUCUGGGUAAUAUAGUCAUCGAAACUUCCGGCUUUUCAAGUGCCAAUUGA